CUAAGAAGUAUUGCUGCUCUCUCUUAUGUGCUCUGGUUUCUUCAAAUUGUUCAGAUGGUAGUUUCAUGUCAGGUAUGCUCAGCAAACAGCAAGGAAAGUUUUACCUACUGACUCUAUUCUCUUGGAUCUGGAGCUCAUCUGUCUCAGGUGAGAUCAGGCUGGCUGGGUCUGGAUCGACUUGCUGCUCUGGAAGAGUUGAAGUCAAACAAAAUGGAUCCUGGGCAACAGUGUGUUAUAAUGGCUGGGAUCUGAAUGAUGCAAAUGUUGUCUGCAAAGAGAUGGGCUGUGGGCCAGCUCUUACUGCGACUGAGUCAGCUGGUUUUGGUCAAGGAUCGGGCCAAAUCUGGUUGAAGAAUGUGACGUGUUCAGGCAGUGAAAUGUCACUAACAGAGUGUAGUCACAGAGUUUUUGAAAAACAUCAAUGUAAUCACAGUAAAGAUGCUGGUGUCAUCUGUUCAGUGAAACUACAGAUGCCUGAUAUCUCACUCACGUCUCCUGGAGUGGGGUUAGUCUGGGGUCCUGGAGAAGCAGAGGUUACCAGGGGUCACAACUUUACCAUAACCUGCUUCAUUCCUGCUGAAGUUCCUCAGGGUCACUUCCUUCUCAUGUUUUCUGGCUCCAACAAGAGAAACAGAACAACUCAUCAACCCAUCAACAACUCAGCCUCCUUUACCUUUCCUGUGGCAGAGUUUGUACACCAAGGUAGCUACAGCUGUGUGUACCAGGUCAUCCUGUGUACACUCACGUUCACCUCUGCUCCAUCAGCACCUAUCACUGUUGUUGUUAAACAGUCCCUGUUGUUGAUCUUGUUGAUAUCUGGUGGAAUCUUUCUUCUGCUGCUGUUCAUCUUGAUCCUGAUCUGUCUGGUUCGAAGGAGAAGAAAACUCAGGAAUUAUGCGGUUUUUUACCAGACUCAACGGGCUCCUCAAGAGUGCACUGGAGACAGUGAGGAAGAUUAUGAAAAUCCUGAUGGGGAACACAUUCCAUCAAGACUCACAAAUGAAUCAGAAGACGAAGACAGUAAUGAUUAUGUGAAUGCAAUAUAUGAUGAGAACAUCGAUUAUUCAGAAGCGGAUUCAAGAUCCAGAAGAAAGUGUUCCAAUACGAAGAGUAACAGUCAGGAGGAGGAAAUGGAUGAAGAGGAUGAAGGAACCAGUGAGGAUGAUAAUGACUAUGAGAAUGUAACUGCACAUUUCCAUCAGCCAGUUGAUGAUACUUAUGUAGAUCCAGUCUUAGAUAGGAGUACUGAUUAUCCAGAACUUGGUUUACAAUUCCAAAGAAAGUGUGUGAGUGCUAAGAAUAAAUAUCAAGAGGAGGAAAUGGAUGAAGGAACCAGUGAUGUUGAUGACUAUGAGAAUGUAACUGCACAUUUCCAUCAAACUGUUGAUGAUACUUAUAUCGAUCCAAUCUUAGAUAAGAAUAUUGAUUAUCCGGAGCUUGGUUAACAAUCUGUCAUGUGUCGUCAGUCUUAGGUUUUGUCCUGAGUUGUGCACUUUUGGUCAAUGUCUGCCACUUGUGUUGUCUUGUGUUGAACUUCCUGUUUUAUUUUGAAAAACUAACUCUCCUCUUGUUUCCGGCCUUGUUACUUCCAGCCCUAGUGUGUUCCUCUACAGAUGUGACUGUCUAAUCCUCCCUGAUUGUUUCAACCUGUGAUACCUUGUCGUUUGCCAGUGUGUUUGGUCGUAUCUUGUACCACAAAAAUUGCCAUUAUCUGAGAUUAAAGGCUCUGAAAGUCUG